UGAUAGCCGCGUACGACGUUCAUUUAUAAGUUGUUUAGCUAUAGUGAAAACUCUUUCAGAUUCGAAGGAAGAAUCCGGAUCGCAGAAGUAUUAUUAAGCUAACGUUUUAAAAACGUACUAACAAUUCGUCAAUCUUCCUCAAUGUGCCUUAGAAAUGGAAAAACAUCGAUGUUGCUCCGGUAAACAUCGAUGUUGCCAAUGUUUCGAAAACAUCGAUGUCAUCGACAGUUCGCAUCGACGUUUCUCCACCUCUACCAAACAGUUUGUGAUUAUUUAUUAUUCCAUUAUUUGUCACUUUUAAUAAUUUGUUAUUUUAUAAGUAUUAAAAUGAGUAACAAUGAAGGAAUAUAUGAUUUACACAAAUUGACAAAAGACAUUAACAUGGCCGUAGAAAAAUUUUUAGCACUUCAAAAACCGCUCAUAUAUGUCAGUAAAAAGUACAAUUUGAAUAUUGAGUUCACUAAACAAGAAAUCAGCAUUGAAAUAUCAGAAACCAUACUAAAUCAUACUACGGAAAUCAUUCUUAAGCAGGUCAAAGAAGAGUUAAAAAAGUGCCAAACUGUAAUUGAUGAACAAAAUAACGAAAUUUUUGAUUUAAUAAAUAAAGUUGCUAAGUUGGAAUCGGAUGCUUUAGAAAACGAGGAAAGGCUGCAAAUGAAAAUUGCAGAGCUGAAAUGCAAGGAUAUAACAAAGAUCUCCACAGUGGGUAGUAGUAUCUCUAAACCCCCAGAACCCUCGGAUUGGAUUGUCAUACAGUGUCGUAAAUCCGGGAAGCUUGACUUCAUUACGGAGAAUUACUUGUACAACAAGGGAUUCGGUGACCCCAAUGAUGAGUACUGGAUUGGUUGCAUGAAGUUGCAUGAGAUUACGAAGGCCCGAAGACAUGAACUUUACAUCGAACUUGCGGACCGACAUGGAAGGGAAUCAUAUGCUCGGUACGAUAACUUUCUAGUGGGAAGCUCAGAUGAAAGGUAUUGCCUUCUGUCUCUGGGAAACUACACCGGAAACGCUGGCGAUGCCCUGAGAGAUCAUGAAAAUCACUCAUUUGAGUUUGACGGCAACGAGAGAGGUGUAUAUAAGUCAUUUGCUUGGUGGAGGGCCCCUUCACGUUUUAAGUGUAAUUUAAAUGCAAAGUUAAUGUUUUGGGAUAAAAAAACUGAACUUAAAUACUGUAGAAUGAGUAUUCGGCCAAUUAACUAACUGCAAUAGCAUCAGUUUUCGAAUUGUUGAAUUACUUAAUAAAGUUGCUAUAAAUAAUGUCGUAUAACCCA